AUGUUUUAUCAAUUUUUUUAAUCCAAAAACAAUCCAUCACUAUCUCGUUUAAGUGCUGUAAGAACAACUGAAAGAACCUAUGAUGCAUUACAAGUAUCUGCUAAUGUUUAUAAUAAUCAUGAAAGAAUAAUUACAGAACCAUCAACAAAUGAUGGUUAUUUAAUAAAAAAAUAAACAUUUUGUUCUAGACAUUAAAAGAAUAAAAUCUAUAUUUUUAUUCAUAAUAUUCAAAAUACAUUUAAAGAAGAAAUUGAAAAAAUUAAAGAAGAAAGUAAAAUUAAAUUAAUUGAUCCAUAAAUCCAUAUGUAAUUUAUAUUUUUUAUAAUUCAUUUAGUUAAGAUAUGUUAUCAAAUACUAAAGAAGAUUUAGAAUUUAUUAUCAAUAAAUUAAGAAAGAUAUUAAUUAAUAAAUCUAAACGAUCUAUUAGUGUUGACAUUAUUUAAGAAAUCAAUCAUUUUAUAAUCAAAUUCAAAAAUAUAGGUAUCAAUACUAUUUUAUAAUGUUUCAAGAUAUUAAAAUCCUAAUCACACUAACACUUGCUAAAAUUGCCAAAUACUAUAAUCUUUUAUAUUAUUCUAUUUCCCUUGCUAAGAAUGCUAAAAGAUUAUCAGACUCAGAAUCACUACUCAAAUAUAAACUUAAAGCAUAUAGCAUAUUAUCAUAAUGUUUUCUUAAGCUAAGACUUAAAUAAGCUAAAAUAUAUAUCACUAAAUAUUUGAUGUGCAGUUGGAAACUAGGAUAAGUAAAUUCUGAAUUCAAAGGUUAUGAAUAAUUAGGAAAAUAUUAUUAUUAUGAAGGCAAUAUCAAAAUGGCUUAAUUAUUCCAUAAUAGAAUGUUAAAUGGUGAAUCUUUGGUAUUCAUAUGAUAUUAAUUUAGAAAUUUGAUUCCUCUUUAAAAAGACUAGCUAUUUCUAAAUUUGAGUAAGGUUCUAUUGGAAAGAAUAAAAAAGAUAAUCACAUUAUUGAUGAAAAUAAUUUAGAUAUUUCUUCAGAUGAUGAACCUUUUGAAAUUAUCUUCAAUUAAGAUUCAAAUGAUGUUAAAUUAAAUACAAAUACAAUAAUGAAUUCUUAAAGAAAAAAAAAUAGACUACUAAAUUUUUCAAUAAGAUCAUAACCUUUAUUUAAUAAAACAAAUAUUAAAAAAUCAUAGCAAGAAAUAAAAAAUGCUAAUCUUUAUAUUAGGUAUCAUUAUUUACAUAAAUAAAGAUCUCCAAAAUAAUAGAAUGUUAAUUCAUUGUUUACAGAAUAAGGCAAUUUAGAUUUAUAAAAACUCAAAAAUCUACCUCAUUCACAUCUAAAAUUAGGAGAACUUAAAACUCCUGUUAUGUUAAAUCAUUUAAGUCCAAAUAGAUGUUUAGCUAAUUACCAAUCUUUAGAAUUGAAUAAAUCACCAUAAUCUAAUAGGAAGGCUGAAGAAGUUGAACUGCUUUUUGAUGUAGGAGAUAUUCAUAAAAUGUCUAAAAUUCUUAAUAAAAUAAUCACUAUUCUUACUAAAAUAGAUGAAUGGCUUUAUAUGCAGAAUGAAUUAUAAUGA